UUGAUUCUGGCUCAGGUCAUGAUCUCAGGAUCAUGGGAUUGAGCUCCACAUCGGGCUCUGCAUCGGGCUCUCUCUCUCUCUCUUUCUCUCUCAAAUAAAAUAGCCCUCUAGAUUAAAGCUGUUUGAAAAGGUAGUGCUUAGAUAGCUGAUUCUGAAAAGGUGACUGGAUAUUUCUAGGCAUUCACACUUUACUCUUCAAAAUUGAAGUAAAGAUUAGUGAGACAAGAUGUUAAGCAGGAUGAUCCUGCUUAAAGCAGAAAAUCUCAGAAAUUUUGUUUUAGAAAUAUUAAAUCUGUAUUGUAAAUACUUAUCACUUCAUUGCCUUUACCUGUUGCCUUCAAAAUAUAGCACCAAAAAGCCACUUUUACUUAUACCAGAAGUCAAAAGGCUGCUGUGGUGUGUUUAUCAAACAGCUACAGCAUGGAGACCCUUCCCUUCUCUUGUAGAUGGAGAAUAUCUAUUGGAAGUCCCCAUGUGACUCUCCACUGCCACCAGAUACUUCCUUUUCAGUCCCCACUGGAGAAUUCUCCCAAAGCCCAGGGUGUUGUAUAUAUGUCACCUUGAAAGAAAUUGAACUGAAGAAAAGAUCACAUUUUCAUACAAAUCAUGACUUACCUGGCUUGAACUUUUUUUUAAUCCCAGACUUUCAUUGCAGGUAUUUUGGGAAUACAGCCCCUCAAAAAUACUUAUUUUGUUUCCUCCCAGUUAGGACCAUCCCAUUGUCAAAGGGCUGUGUGAUAAUUUGGCCUUUUCUGGUAAAAGUCUGAGAGCAGAAAUCCUUCUCUAAGGACCAAUAGUGGUUUUGAUUCAAGACUCCAGCUUAGAGGUUAUCUCCAUGAGGUACCUUUGUCUCAAGACCAAGUCUGAAGAACAGUAAUCUGGCUGGAAAUCAGGUGGCCUUUUUGGAAUGCUGCACAGAAGCUUCUGAGAAAGAGGUGGUCUUAGGCAUACUGAUACUAUGUUUUUUAAGUCUGCAGUAUGAAACUCCCAUUUAAUUUAUUUUUAGCUUGAGUCUACUCUGCUAGUAAAAAUAAGGCUAUUUUUGUAAGUGCUACUUCAAGUACUUACAUCCACAUUUUAAAAGAAUUCACAGAAAACAGUCCAUAGUGAUAACUGGGUGCAAUGCCCAGCUUGUUACAGAAUUGUGUUUUAAAUAAAUCUUCUUAUGAUGGCUACAUUUCAGCUGUACCACAGGAUUCAGCUCACAUGAUACUUCCUCCCACCACACACAUACAAACGGGCUCAUCAUCCCUUACUUAAAGCACUUGACUUAUUUAAUUUGUGUACUUGUCCAGUGUGUGUAUUCCAACUGUCCUUUAUGCAUUGUCUGCAGGGCUCACUAAAUAUCUAUGAUGAUGGGUUCCCUUAAGAGGCAACGGAUUGCUCUUUUAGGGAGUUGUGUGUUUCUAUGGCAACUCCCUUUCUAAAACUUUGAAUUUUAUCCACAUAUAUUUUACAGAUACCCAAAACAAGCUUAUGUUUAAUUUAGAGAAGCUUUGAGUUUUGAAGAAGAGGAAACCAUAGCUCAUCAGCAGAUGUCAAGAGCAUGUACACUUUGUUUGAAGGCUCGUUGAAAAAAAUUUGAUUCUUUUUGUGCUGGACACUUUAACCAAAGACCAAUGUUACAUUCAGAUAACCUUUUAUUGUCAAUUUUUCAUGCUUUUUAGGAUAAAAGUCAUAAAUAUAUAAUGCAAUUUGAUAAAACUAGAAAGGAACAAGGUAGGCACUGUGUAUGUCUCCACCUCUCUCCCCUUCCCAGCUUUGCGCAUUAUGAUGUUGCUAGCUCACUGAAUUAAAUUUGCUUUCACCAUCCAUUUCCUUUUCUCUCUGUCUCUACAGCAUGCACAGGUUCUCAGUCACGGCUACAUCUGAUCUGGAGAAAAUAAACUGUGUCCUUAUUUUAAAAGGAAGACCGUCUCCAUGGUUCACUGCCUUGUGUGUGUUAGCAGUCGAGAUUCCAGAGGAGACAUGGGCUGUAUUCCUGAAGGAUAAAAUACAUGUAUAAGGACUGUUUCCUAAGUUUGUAGAUGAUUCAGACAAAGUAAUUUGUGUAGUCUGUGAAGGUCUGUGUGUAUGAGUUUUACUUGGCUUUUAGUUGUGUUUUUAGGGUGUUUUGUUUCAUUUACUUAUUGAUUUAUUUUUUACUUUUAUGUAUUUUCACUCUUUUUUUUUUUCUUUCUAAAACACAGACUCAGUUUUCUUAAAACCAAAUCAACUGUGUGGCUGGUGGUGUUUUGCGUUUUCCCACAUGUGUUAAUUGUUCUGUGGCUUAUUUUGUUUACCAUUUUUAAAGAUCUGAUUUGCCAUGGUCCAUGCCUUUCAUUCUCCUCGACCACGUAGCUGGUUUCCAGUGGGAAGAGACUGCCUUUUCACCGGAUAAUUAGUUUUCUCAUUUCAAAAGGGCCAACUUUCUCUGAGAUGGCUUUGUCACACUUUAAAUGUCUGCUUUGGAGGAUGCGAAUCCUUUCAGUUACAUGCUCAUCCAUGUGGUAGAAGAAAUGCAUGGUUAGUCACCUUGGAAAUCCUCAAGUGUUUGAAGGGCAAAAGAUGGUUAAUUAGACCAUUUAUACUUAGCUAUUGAGAGAUUAUGAGUUAGUUUGUAGUGAUAAGAAACCAGUUUAAGAGGUAAUAUUUUUUUGCCCCGUAAGGAAGUGGUAGUGUUGUUUAUUCCUAAAGCAUAUUCUCAUUUGCUGAGAGAGGACUCUGUGCACUUUACCUUGAGUAAUUUCUGUGUAAUCUCUUGCUAAGUAAGCAGGCACACCCCAAAAAGCACAGAAGCACACUGAAUAUUGCAGUCUCACUCUUGUUACCUCCCCAGAAUAUAGAGCGAGUUAACACCCAAAGGUGUGAGGCCGGGCCUGGGGUAAGAUUGCCCCUCCUCAGGGUCCCUCCUUUCACUGUGCUUCUGAGCCUUCCGCACCCCCCCAGCUCAAGCACCCUAUCUUGUUACUGUACAUGAGGAACCCCCAUGCAGGUCCCUGAUCCUGUUCGACCCUGAGAGUCACAGCCUUCCUCCACAUACUUUUCCCAACUUGGCCUCUUCAAUUAUUUCCUUCCUUUUCCAAUCAGUUACAACUGUGUGGCUUCAUCUUUCAACCCAGGUUCCAGGUCUCCCAUGCCUUGCCUCCCCACCCCUGUGCCCAGCCUUUCUUCCUAUGGGAUACUUUUAUGUGAAGUGACUAGAAGUAUUCAUUUUGAAAGGACAGGGGAUGGCCAUUUAAUAUUCUCAGAGCAUCUGGGUAGUAGGACAUUUUAGAGGCCUGUUUUGUGUCAAACUUGAUGUGAACAAAAAGUCUAAGAUCUUGAAAGUUUAAAAAUAUGAAUUUGUUGGGGCGCCUGGGUAGCUCAGUCGGUUGAGCGUCCGACUUCGGCUUAGGUCAUGAUCUCGUGGUUGGCGAGUUCGAGCCCCGCGUCGGGCUCUGUGCUGACAGCUUGGAGCCUGGAGCCUGCUUCGGAUUCUGUAUCUCCCUCUCUCUCUGCCCCUCCCCUACUCAUGCUCUGUCUCUCUCUGUCUCAAAAAUAAAUAUAAACAUUAAAAAGGUUUUUUAAAAUAAAAAUAUGAAUUUUGGGGGUGCCUGGGUGGCUCAGUUGGUUAAGCGUCUAACUCUUGAUUUCAGCUCAGGUCAUGAUCUCACGGUUUGUGGGAUCAAGCCCCGUGUAGGGCUCUACGCUGAUGGUAUGGGGCCUGCCUGGGAUUCUUUCUCUUCUGUUCUCUUUGUCCCUCCUCCCCUUCUCACUCUCGCUCUCUCUCUCAAAAUAAAUCAACUUUUUAAAAAUAUGAAUUUGUUAACAUUUUCUUCCAUUGUAUGUAACUCAUAUAGUCUGGCUCCUGUGAACCUUUUCAGCAUCAUCUUGCUCCAAACUCACCCUCUGUCUGUUCUCCAUCUGGGGAUGGUUUUUGAAUGUGCCAUAUUCACUCCUUCCACUUGGCCACUCCAUUUGUUCCCUCUGCCUGAAAUGUUUCUCCAUCCCCUAUCCCAACAGCUCCAGUUUCCCUUCUUCAGGGACUCCUCCUCUCCCCCUCAUUAACCUAGGUCCCCCGAUUAUGCUUUCAUUGGCACCAUGUACCUUUUCAGGAUAACACUACUGCUGUUGUUGUUUUGUCUUUAUUUUCAUGUUUAUUUCAUUAAUGUUUGUCUCACCAAUUAGUCUCUAAACUCCUAUGGGCAGGUAGUUCCUUUUUUCCAUGUUUCCAGUGACCAGUGCAGGAAUGGACACAUAGUAGGUUUUUAGUGAAUAUUGUUGAGUGACCUUCCACAGAUAUCUCUGGGGCCCACGCAGUGGCCAUUAGCCCCUUUCUUUCUAGCACAACCCUGACUUGGUUGAAGUAUUUGCUUUCCUCCAGCUGCUCUAGGGCAGCUGGCCCAGGCCCCAACUCCAGUUCUUGAUCCAGGGGGUAAAUUUUUGGUUACUCUAACCAAAUCAAAAUAGAAAGAGGGAAAGAACCUGGGUGCUUAAUGAUGUUGCUGAGGUGCUAUAAAUAAACCAGUCCUGGGACAGUUCUACCUCCAUGCAACUCUGUUGUGUGAGAUAAUAAACCCUCUUAUUUGUUUAGGUCAAUUCAGUUUUCUGUUCCUGAAAAUAUUCUAAUACAGAAUGUCUUGAGUAAAUGAACAGGUGAAUAAAUGAACGACUUCAACUCACGUCUUCACAAGUCCCUUUGUAAUUGAAUUUUCGUUCUCCUCCUUUCUAUAAAGCAUUGGGCUGCUCGUAGAGAUGCUGACCAGUUUUGAACGCAAUGCUGAAAUCCCAAAUAACUCCUCUAUGCUUUGAGAAUUGAGAACCUAAAUGCCCCAUACUCUGAACUUGAACUCACAUUCUUCUUCACCUCUCACCUUUUGGCUCCGCACUCUGUUCAUAACUUUUUGGGCAAGCUCUUCUCUGAGGAGGUUGAGAGUCAGAUUAAGUCAUACCCAGCAGUUUCCUGUUUGUGAGCCUUGAAGCUCUUGAAGACUGCGGGCAGGUUUGACAGAACCUGUAGGUGUUUUCAGACGCUGAGCUGAUUCAUCCCCUUUGGUUGCUAAUUCUCCCCAGCUACCAUACCAUCUCUUCUCUCUGGAUACUGCACAGUUUCUCUUUGUGUGGGGAUAGGAUUCUCAAGACCUGCCCACUCCAUGCAUUCUGUGUCUUUUCUACGUUUUGGUGGACACUCACUGACCUGUCACAAGGUUGCCCUGCAAAGCUUUGGGGUCCAUGUCUGAAUGGAUUGCUGUAGCCUUCUCAUCUCUCCCUUCGCCCAGUUCCCUGCAUCCUAAGACUCGAAGCCAGCACAGAGCCUGGAAAAAUUACAUGGUGUGAACGGCAUGUCUGUGGAUGAGAAGCCUGACUCCCCCAUGUAUGUGUAUGAGUCCACAGUCCACUGCACCAACAUCCUCCUGGGCCUCAAUGACCAACGGAAAAAGGAUAUUCUCUGUGACGUGACUCUGAUCGUGGAAAGGAAGGAGUUCCGGGCCCACCGGGCUGUGCUGGCCGCAUGCAGUGAAUACUUCUGGCAGGCACUGGUUGGACAGACGAAAAAUGACUUGGUGGUCAGCUUGCCUGAGGAGGUCACGGCCAGGGGCUUCGGGCCGCUGUUACAGUUUGCCUACACCGCCAAGCUAUUACUCAGCAGAGAAAACAUCCGCGAGGUCAUCCGCUGCGCCGAGUUCCUGCGCAUGCAUAACCUGGAGGACUCCUGCUUCAGCUUCCUGCAGACCCAGCUCCUGAACAGCGAGGAUGGCCUGUUCGUGUGCCGAAAGGACGCUGCGUGCCCCCGCGCGCACGAGGACCGUGAGAACUCCGCGGGGGAGGAGGAGGAGGAAGAGGAGGAGACGAUGGACUCGGACACGGCCAAGGUGGCUUGCCCCAGGGACCAGAUGCUUCCAGACCCCAUCAGCUUUGAGGCUGCUGCCAUCCCAGUAGCAGAAAAGGAAGAAGCUUUGCUGCCCGAGUCCGAUGUGCCGCCCGACAGCAAGGAGAACUCCGAGAAGGACGCGUUAAGGCAGUACCCCAGAUACAAGAAAUACCAGCUUGCAUGUACCAAGAAUGUCUAUAAUGCAUCAUCACACAGUACCUCAGGUUUUGCAAGCACAUUCAGUGAAGAUAACUCUGGCAACAGCCUCAAGCCGGGGCUUGCCAUGGGGCAGAUUAAAAGUGAGCCGCCCAGUGAAGAGAACGAGGAAGAGAGCAUCGCGCUCUGCCUGUCCGGAGAUGAGCCUGACAUCAAGGACAGAGCGGGGGACGUGGAAAUGGACCGGAAACAGCCCAGCCCUGCCCCCGCCCCCGCCCCCCCUGCCGGGGCCACCUGCCUGGAGAGAUCCGGGAGUGUGUCCUCCCCCUCCUGCUUAAGGUCUCUGUUCAUAACAAAAAGUGUGGAGUUGUCUGGCCUGCCUGGUACCUCUCAGCAGCACUUUGCCAGGAGUUCAGCAUGCCCUUUUGACAAGGGGAUCACUCAGGGUGACCUUAAAACUGACUACACCCCUUUCCCAGGGAGUUACGGACAGCCCCACCUGGGCCAGAAGGACGUGUCCAACUUCACCAUGGGGUCGCCCCUCAAGGGGCCUGGGUUGGAGGCUCUCUGUAAACAGGAAGGAGAGCUGGACCGGAGAAGUGUGAUCUUCUCCUCGAGCGCUUGUGACCAAGUGAGCACUGCGGUGCAUUCAUAUUCUGGGGUAAGCAGUUUGGACAAAGACCUCUCUGAGCCGGUGCCAAAGGGUCUGUGGGUGGGGGCUGGCCAGUCCCUCCCCAGCUCACAGGCCUACUCCCACGGUGGGCUGAUGGCUGACCAUUUGCCAGGAAGGAUACGGCCCAACACUAGCUGCCCGGUGCCAAUCAAAGUCUGCCCUCGCUCGCCCCCCUUGGAGACCAGGACCAGGACCUCCAGCUCGUGCUCUUCCUAUUCCUACGCAGAGGACGGGAGUGGGGGCUCACCCUGCAGCCUCCCUCUCUGUGAGUUCUCCUCCUCGCCCUGUUCCCAGGGAGCCAGAUUCCUUGCCACAGAACAUCAGGAACCAGGCCUGAUGGGAGAUGGAAUGUACAACCAAGUCCGACCCCAAAUUAAAUGUGAGCAGUCUUAUGGAACCAACUCCAGCGACGAAUCCGGAUCGUUCUCGGAAGCAGACAGUGAGUCGUGUCCUGUGCAGGACAGGGGCCAGGAGGUCAAACUUCCCUUUCCUGUAGAUCAAAUCACAGAUCUUCCAAGGAAUGAUUUCCAGAUGAUGAUUAAGAUGCACAAGCUAACCUCAGAACAGUUAGAGUUCAUUCAUGACGUCCGACGGCGCAGCAAGAACCGCAUCGCGGCCCAGCGCUGCCGCAAGAGGAAACUGGACUGUAUUCAGAAUUUAGAAUGUGAAAUCCGCAAAUUGGUGUGUGAGAAAGAGAAGCUGUUGUCAGAGAGGAACCAGCUGAAAGCCUGCAUGGGGGAGCUGCUGGACAACUUCUCCUGCCUUUCCCAGGAAGUGUGCCGCGACAUCCAGAGCCCCGAGCAGAUCCAGGCCCUGCACCGGUACUGCCCCGUCCUCAGACCCGUGGGCCUCCCCGCAGCCUCCAGUAUUAACCCUGCGCCCUUGAGCGUGGAGCAGAACCUGGCCGCCUCCCAGUGCGCGGUGGGGGAAAGCGCCCCCUGCUGCCUGGAGCCGGGAGCGGCUCCCCCCGGGCCCCCCUGGGUGCCCGGCAACACCUCGGAAAACUGUACUUCCGGGAGGAGGCCGGAAGGCGCUGACCCCGGAACCUUCUCGGAGAGAGGGCCUCCUCUUGAAUCCAGGAGCCAGACGGUGACCGUGGAUUUCUGCCAGGAAAUGACUGAUAAGUGUACGACCGACGAACAGCCCAGGAAAGAUUACACCUAGUGACGCGGCCUGCCUCCCAGUUCUCACGCCUCUCCCACCCAGGUGUUCUCCGGUCAGCCUGUGGUGCUGCUCAUCUGUUGUCUGGAAGAACCGAGAAGGAAUUUGGUGCACACUACAGCGUUCUUAGCAGCAAUACUGUUUCUGAGUAUUCCCUCCUCUCUUCAAGCGGGAGUGAUAUACAGUUCCCUUCACAAUGGUGCUACCCCUUGCUCAGGCGAGGAAAGACGGGCGGUGCUGACGCUGCCUGUCUGUGGGUUAAUUUCAGUCUCAACAGGGAUAGACUAGAACACCUCUAGGACCCAACCACGGAUUUUUUUUCUCAGUGGCCCAUGUCACAAACCCUAUCUCAGGAAUUUCUUCUGAAUGUUCAAUUUUUUUCAUUGAAGACAGCUUCUAUACACAUCAAAGUUUUAUAGCUAGACUGUACAUAUUAUAUAUAAUAUAUAUAUAAGAUAUAUAUAUAUCCAUAUGCAAAAGUCCUGCAUGCCUCAAUUUUCUCAUCCUAAAACUGGAAAACUUCAGUUCUCAUUUAUAAACAGGUUCCAACAUUCCUCUUCUUUUGUCUCUGAUGCUAGAACUAGUUUGGUAACUGUUAACAUGGUCAUUUUUCUUGCUUCACAGUUCAAUUUCAAUUUGUACUUAUUUAUGGAACAGAAUUCAAUGUUGGAAACUUCUUUUGAGGUUUUAUUUCAGACCCUUUUUUUGUUUGUUUGGUUUGCUUUGGGCACCGUCAGAUGGUGUCAUCUGAGUGUUGUGGGUUGUUUUUUUGUUUUUGUUUUUCUUGCAGAUACUGUACAGUCAUGGUCAACUUUGCCACUUGCACUGAGUUUUGGGUCAAACCUAUUUUCUUAAAUGAAGUUGUUACUUCGGUAUAGCUCAAGUAUACUGUAUAUUCUUUGCUUUUAGUUUAAAAGUAAGACAUUUUAGCUAAUUAAAAAGCACUCAGGUGAUAAUUAUGUAGGAAAAAUAAUCUUGCCAAAUAAUGAAUUCAUCCUAGGAUGUGUAGACAAUAAUCUGCUUGAAUAUUUUUAUAUUUCACCUCCUCCCCACCUUUCCCAGAAGCAAAGUUUAAAUGCAGAGAGUUCAGAGUUGAUGCUGGAUGUUCAGACUCCUAAGUGGGGAGAGUUUGCACGUCCACUCAAAAGUGCAUCCAAACAGCAGGAACCCAUGAUUUUGUACCAGAACUCAGCAGGCAUUGGCUCCUAAAAAUCAAGUUAGAACUAUUUUCUCACCCAGGGGGUAAGUCUCAUUCAUUUCAACCCAUCCUCAGGCCCCUGCCUGCCCGUGAAAGUGCAGUGCAGGAGGAAUUUCUUGGAAGGAUUUGUCUGAUCAGCCACCCCACUCCCUUGCCCAGGCCCCAGCUCCCAGGACAUCUCACCUGAGUGGGUUUGAAUCACAGCGCCAGGCAUCCUGGGUUAAGGCAGUUCACCCAGAGUAGGAGAGAGCAGGGCACAUGUAAGCCUGGGGUCCGUCCCUAAUACAGACAAAAGCAUUUCUUUCUCCCUCCCUUCUCCAAAUGCUUUGAGUUGAAUUCUGAGGUUUUUCUGCUCGUCUCUUGUCCAAAGGCAGAUUUCAUUCUGAGGCUUUGGAUACAGUAUGGCCAAGGAGCCCUCCCUAUCCCCUUCCCCCACCACACACACACCUACCCUCACCUGAUGAUAAUUUUCUUCUCUUGCUGCAAAACUGGUUGGCUUGCAACCCACAGAGAGCAGCUUCCCUUGGCUCUGGGGGCGUGCUGGCCCCUGGCCACGUUUACAGGAAGAUGUGCCCAAGACCCUGCCGCCAGCCUAAGAGGAGGAGGAAUCCGCUCCCUCCCUCCGGUCGGCCCUCCAGCCUGGCUGCAGGUAGAGUCCUGAAAGGUUUGAUGUGGGGAUGGGGUGGUGGGCAGUGGGGACUAGAUGGUUGACUUUGUUUCUUUAUUUGUGCCAUUGUUUGGACAAUAUUAAAGCUGCAUGUAAAAGGGGAAAUUAGUAUAUGACGUAGGCAAAAAGUGAAAUCAUAGUAACAUAUGUUUUAGUAUUAUUAACUUUUCUGUACAAAUAUUAGCGCUAAAUGUUUAAAUAUGUAUGAAUGCCAGAAAUUUGUUGGUUCAUGCGGUAGGAUAAAAAAAAAAAAAGGCUUUUCUUUCAAAAUAGUUCCGCUUUUAAAACCUGCCUCUGGGUUUUUGUUUUUUCUCAUGUGCGUGUGUACGUGUGUGCUAGUCUGAGUCAGAUUUUGGUAAAGCUCAGCGUUGGAGCUGCCAUUUUUAUUAUGGUUGUUGGAAUUUCUUGGCCUAGUGGAACAGUUCUGUGCUUCACCGUGGGGUUUGCCUUUGUGGAAAACUGGUGACAGCUGGAAUUUAAAUUCAAUGUGAAUCAUGUGAUACAUCACAGGUGAUAUACAUCCACAGGUGUUAAUGGUGGAGGAGUCAGCCAACAGUAUUGUUUAACUCUCGUGUUGCCUUUUUUAAGUGACCUCCUCUUCUUUUGAAAAAAGAAUGUUUUCUGCUAGUAUCAUAACCAGGUCCAAACAAGCUCGCUGGCAUGACUUACCCUGGCGACAACUCAUGUGCAACUGGUAGUCUUGACCACAUUCCAUCAGUCUCCCCGCUGUCUGUUGUUUGGUCCGCACACACACACCUGUGCCACGGCCAUUUCCAGGUGGGGAGGGGUCUCCUUAUUUCCCUCCACCCUAACUCAGCCCACAUCCUCCUUCCACCCACCCCCGCCUCGCUUUUCUCCCCCUUCCCCAAUCAAACCCCUACAAUGGGACUGGUUAAAGACACUGCUUGGAAAACUGUCUUUCCAUUUCUUAGAGAUUUUUAACAGGUUGUUAUGAUUUUGUUCACUAUGUACCAUAAACAGUGACUGGCUUUGUGUAAUUGUCUAUGUGACUCGUCUUGUCUUUUACUACCCCGAACCAUGUGUUCAUCCAAAUUGUUUCUGGGUUGAUUCAAAGGGAGGACUAGUUGGGGACCAGAAUCCAAAUUGCCUCAAGUGGAGUUUUAAGAACCAGCCUGUCUCCUUUCCCUGGGAUCCCUUAGUGAGGCCCAUGUCUUUUAUGAAAAAGAAAAGCAAGUUAAUAGCAAAGAACAGUGUUUGCACAGCAUGGUGGCAUUUAAUUGUGCUUUUAAGGGUCCUUCCUUACAAAAAUAAAGGACCCUGCAGCCAUGGCCUGCUUAGGAGGAUCCCUGCCACAGCCGAGUUGGGUCUCCAAAAACGUAGCCGUGAGCCGUUGGGGCAGGGACGGUGGAGGUGGCCCUGUGGCUGGUUAACAUCCGCCUGGAUCUAGUCCUCCCCUUGGAUCCACCUUUGUUCUACUUGUGUGUCCAGACAACCUCACUUCAUUCAGGUUGGUCAGGCUUUGGGCAGGUGAGUGCUUUGCUGUAUGUGUUUGUUUCUCUGCGUUAUCUGGGGGUGCCUUGAAUAAAAUCAAACUUCAUUACAUACUGAUUCUGGAACAAAACAGUUGCGAAAACAAAACAAAAGAGCUGUCAAACUUACUAGGCCAUCCUGCUAUUUCUAUUCCGGGUUCCCUACCAAUGACUCAGGCGUCAGAGGUGAUGCUGCAGUAUAAAACAUUAUUUUGUAUAUUGUACAAGUAAUUUAUUAACUGUCUUUCUAAAAGUAUGCUGCUUUUAAGAUGCACUAUGACUUUGGAUUUAAUCCUUGUAUUGCUUUCCUGAGGAAGUAAAAAAAAAAAAAAGGCUAGUGAUUAGAAUGCCAGCUGCCACUUCUCCUUAAAAAGGAGGCCAGGGACCAGCUCUAGGACUUGCAUGAGAGAACCACCAGACAUCGAGUGGGCACAAUGUGAAGUUCAAAGCUAUUAUCAAGAGGUCUAGGAGCGCCUGGCUGGCUCAGUCAGUAAAGCAUGCGACUCUUGAUCUCGGGGUUGUAAGUUUAAGCCCCAUGUUGGGUGUAGAGAUUACUUAAAAAUAAAAUCUUCUAAGAAAAAAAAGAUCUAUACCUACACUUUCUCUUUUAAUAUUUUAUGAUUGCCAUUAAAGAAGAAACAAAGGUGUAUAAAGUAUACACCUUUUAAGAAACUGCAAAGUCCCGUCCCUAUGGGCCGCUCCACACCCUGUGGUAGCAGAACCCUCUCAGAGCGAGUAAGGCCUGAGAAGCGCUUUCAGACCCCACUUAGCUGGACCUCUACAUUACACCCCAUUUAAACUAGCAGCUGCUUAAUAAAAAUGACUUCAAUCUGCUCCCCUACCGCUUACAGUCUUGAAGGAGUCGCAGACCUGGAAGGGAGCAAGAAUCAAGUUUUGUCCUCAAAUUACUGUAAAUAGACUGAGGGACAGAAUUUUUUUUUUUUUUUUUUUUAAAGAAUAAAACUGUUCACUCUAUCAUGAGUUAGUAUCUCUUCCCAAAAUUGAGGAUCUUGUUGUAGGUACAGUUUUUGGCGAGUCAGUCCACAGUGCCGUGCCCUAUGUGGAGUUGGUUUUUGUGCAGGAAGUCUGUGUGCAUAGAGGCAAUCUGUGUUCAAGCUGUAUGUUUCCCGUACCGCCCGAGCCAUCUCCUGACCCAAGCAUCAAGGACUGAUGCUGUAGAAUAGAAUAUAUUUGUGCACAAAUAGUGUGUGCAGAUAGUAUUUGUACAUAGAAAGGACAUAUUGUGGCAAAUUGAGGAUAAAUUAUUCAACUGACGGUGCAAACACAUUUCUUGCGAAGAAAAGGAAGUGUAUAGUAUUUUCCUACACUCCACCCUGGGAGGUGAUAUUUAUAUCCAGUGAAUAUCCACGCAUUUUAAUCAUAAUAUGAAAAUGACGCUGCCGUUCUGUGAAGAAUACCCCUUGGUUGCAGAGGCCCCACUUUGUAGCUUUGGUUUGAUGUUGUGACAUGGUGCAUGCGUCUCGCUAUCAAGCAAUGGCUAAACAACUCUGACUUUCACUUCAUUCCAGUUUACUGACCUCAGAUAAAACAGUGGCCCUCCUUAGAAGCAGAAGUGCACCAAGACCAUCCAUUCAGUGCCAAGUGUUCCUGGGGGGUUAACGGACACGUAGAUGAGGAAAGAGGGAAGGGACUUGGACAAAGAGGGUUUUUCCUACCAAUGAUGCUAAGUCUCCUACCAAAACAUGUCUGCAAGCAGAGGGGUGACCUCCACCUGGUCCUAACGAUGCAUUGGGUGCGUGUGAAUGCUGGGAUGCCGUCAUUCACACUGACACAAGAGACCCGCCACUUCUAGUGAGUGAACAGGAACCUUCCAAAUGCACUUGGGAACUUUGGGCUCUGGUUAGACACAGCCGUUCAAGGCAAGCACCACCUUUGCUUGUGAGGCCAAAAGGGCCUGGGAGAAUUUGUUCCAGAACCAGUCUGAUACAAGUGCACCUCUAAUAUAUGCCUUACAAACUCCAGAGGCCAUAUUCAAAACAGGGUCUUCUCAGUGUAUGCAAGGGGCCACAGCCCUUCUUCUCUUCCUCCCCAGGUCGAACAAUACGGACAGUUUCACACAUAUCUACCUGUAUAACCCUCUGUACCUCUCAUAACUGCUCAACGACUGUAACAGGUUACAUCAGGUGUUUUUCUACAUACUUUUUACACAGAUUCUAUGCGAUUAAUGUAACUUAAUUCAAUGCAUCAUUUUAUUGUACUAGUUCUUAGGCUUGUCUUUUUUUUUCUAAGUGAUUGUGGUUUUUGUUGUGGUUUUUACUGUAAAAAUGAAAUGGCUGUUGAUGCUUAUUCUCUGUAACUAAGAAUUUUUACCUUUUUUGGGGAAAAAAAAGCAUUGCUAUGAACUAAUGAAUUGAAACUUCAUUUACUCAUUGUAAAUACACUAUUGUGCAAAAAAAAAAUUUCACUCAGUUGAAUUGCUAGUGUUAACUGAAUUUUGUCUCGACACCAUUUCUGUUGAUGAAAUAAAGACAUAUCAUUAUGCA